UUUUAAUAGUGAAUGCGUAUUGUUUACCUUGGUCGUCGCGAUUACAAAUUUCAUUAUAUUUUGUAGUAACAACUUAUAUUCAUCGUACGCGUUUCAGAUAUAAUGAAUUAAUUAUUGAUUUAUGUGUGACGUAGCUUACCUAGUCUGCUUCCUAAGGUGACCGUUUAACGGCCUGUGUCUGUAGUAUAAAAUAGAUCUGAUUCCCGGAAAAUAGCUUCAUUGUGUAAAAACUUAAGAAUUCCGUGUUCAGAGGAAAAUAUUUAUAUAUAAGAAACAAUUACAGUUUCCUGAAGCAAGGCAUCCGUGCCCUGUUUAGGCCAUAUAACUGAGAAUAAGAUUGGAUACCUACAUGUACACAAUAAGUUGUACCUUCAAAAAACUGAGGAAAUGUUGAGAAGACUCCUGCAUGACAGCUGCAGUCUGUGGCACUUGAGGAAAGGCCAACAAAUCUCCACCACAUACUAGAGCAAAACAAAGGCCAUAGAUAUGCCUGGCAAUCUCUCUUCUAAUACACGCAAUAAUUAAGAUUGGAGGCCAUCCAUCAUAGAUCACAGCAGCAAGAAAGUGGAUUUGUACAAAAGAAAAACAGUUUAAAUAUGAGAGAAAAGUCCCCUUUAGAAGAAAUGUCAGCAGCAGAGGAGAGCACAGGAGAUGCUCCAGCAGCAGCUUCAUCUGUCGCAGGUGAAAGCAAAAUCAAAUCUGGAUAUGUUGAUAUCAAGAAAAUGCAAGAGAAUUCUGGAGCUUCCUCAGUGUUUUCCAAGGCCUUUGGUAAUUUAAAGAAAUCUGAGUUCUAUGAGGAACCUCCCCCAGAAGUUAAGAGUGCAUCAGAGCUCAAUAAUGCAAAAAAUGCAGCAUCAGGAGGAACAAAGCCCGCGACCAAAAAUUGUGUUAUUGUCAGCUCAAGACAGAGAGGGAACCCCAUACUUAAAUCAAUACGAAAUGUCCCAUGGGAGUAUGGAGAGAUUGUACCUGAUUACACAAUGGGCAGCACAACCUGUGCCCUGUUCCUGAGUUUGCGGUACCACAACCUGAACCCUAAUUAUGUACAUGACCGUCUAAAGCAGCUUGGUAGGCAGUAUGAGCUACGAGUGCUGCUAGUAUUGGUUGAUGUGAAGGACCCCCACCAUGAACUGAAGCAGUUGACCAAAAUCUGCGUAAUGGCCGACAUGACCCUAAUGCUGGCUUGGAAUAAUGAAGAGGCUGGGAGAAUUAUUGAGGUUUAUAAAAUGUUUGAGCACAAGCCUCCAGACCUCAUCAUGGAAAAGCAAGAUGGCAAUCCAUACUCCAUGUUAAUUGACGCCCUCACAUCAAUCAGAUCCAUCAAUCGCACAGAUGCCAUGACCCUGCUUUCAAACUUUGGCUCAUUGGAAAAAAUUCUGGCCGCCACACAGGAAGAGCUAGCCUUCUGUCCUGGUCUUGGCCCACAGAAGGCUACAAAGCUGCACAAAGUGCUAAAGCAACCCUUCAAGAAAAAUGACACACAGAAGAAGCUCAACACCCAGCAGCAGAAGGUCUUAUCAAGCUCAAGUCAGUCAAAGGAAGUGGAAGAUGUGACAGAAAAAUAGUUGUUUAUUAGCCUGGUAUUCCUUUACAGAGAGAAGGCCUCAAAUGAUCAGUGUCUUUAAUUGUUUUUGUAUCAGACAGAAUAAAUUAUUUUUAGUAAA